AUGAAUAGAAGACGUAGCAGAAAUAGCUCUGUAAGUGAUUAUGAUGACUGGAAUAAUUCACUAUCAGUGGAUGGAUCAUCCAAAAAUACAAACACCGUGAAUAAAAGUAAUAUCGAUAGUUUAAUUAACACGCAGCUAGCGAUAAAAAAAUAUCGUAGGAAAGCCCAGGAAAGAGUAGAAUCUGAUUUUCAUCGCACAUUCAAAAUUUCUUGGAAUAAUGAACGUGUUCUUGAUGUCUUUUCAUGUGCUCUGAAAAAGGAUAUCUUACUACAAGGCAAACUUUAUUUAACGCAAUAUAGACUGUGUUUCUAUUCUAGCAUCUUUGGAUAUGAAACUACUGUUACUAUCAAUUAUACAGAUAUCUGCGAGAUUUCUAAACAAAAAACGGCGUUACUUUUUCCAAAUGCUCUGCUGAUCAGAACACAAAGUGAAAAGUACCUAUUUCAAUCUAUUAUAUCUCGCGAGUCUGCGUACAGGAUUUUAACGGAAAUGAUCGCCGCUCGUACAUCCUCAUUAAACAUGGAAGAUGGUGAUCGCUCUAAUGAUUCUCACAGCAGCGACAAGGAUGUUUCAUACAAUCAAGAAGCUUCAACCCCCAGUGACGAAUCCUUACGAGUACCUAUAAACGAUAGAGUAUAUGCGGAAGUUCCUGUAAGUGAUGGCGAUGAAACAGCGUUCUAUCAUAAUCCCCACUUCCAUGAUUUAUCUCGAUCUCGAAUAACAAGCAGAUUAGAGAAAAGCUCACGAGGAAUUGACUUGUAUACAUUUAUUGGUUUAUUAGACUCUCAAAAAACUAACAAAGGUAGAAAGUCUUUUCAGAUGUCUGGAGUUAUCAUUGUAUUGUAA